AUGAUUUUUAACGCGAAGAAAGGGAAGGAGAAGGAGGGAGAUGGCGGGGGUGUCGGAGGAGGAAGCGAGGGGGCUCCAAGUGAUGGAAGUCAGAACGGGAUUAUAAACGACCAGGAGUAUGAAAGUUUAUUCCCGUCGAACGGACCCUACGGAGGAGGUCCAAAUUGCGGACCCACGUACGGACCAGAGUACACAAACAGCUGCAGCUACAGCUACAGUCAAAGUCACACACACAGUCAUAGCCAUGCUAACAUUAUGGAAUCGAUGUGCAUUAACGAAAUAAAAAGUGCAGAGGAGGACGAACUAUUUGACGAUUCCAAGCAUCAUGACAAGGAUGAAUUGAUAACAAAAUUGAGGAGUAAAUUGCAAAUUAAAAUAAAGGAUUAUAACUUAAUCAUGGAUACACUAAUAAGGACGAAAGAAGAGUGUGUACAGAGGAAUGAGCAAGUGAAGGAAUUACAGAAGAGAAACAGUCACGUGGAAAAGGAGUGCGAAAAUUUGAAAAAUAUUAUCGAAAGGAAGAAUAUAGAAAGUGACAUGCACUACGGAGGGAAGGGGAUCAUUUGGGGAACCACAGAAGGGGGAGCAGCGGGAGGGGCAGCUGGUGGAGCAGCUGCAGGACCAACCAAUUAUGCACGUUACAAGAACGAAUACGACGAGGUGAAAAUUAAACUAGCCAAGGUUGAAGAGAGGUAUAAAGAAAUGAAUCGAAAAAAUGAAAAACUAAGCGAAGAAUACAGCAACAUGAUGAAAGAAAAACUAAAACUAGAAACAGAAAUUAAUCAACAAAUGGAUGAGAUAAAAAGAAAAAACAUGAAGCUGAAAGAAACAAACGAACAACUCAAAGUGGAGAGAGAACAACUACUGAACAAGUACCUUCAGAGUGAAAAAAAUAAUUUUAAAACCAUUAAAGAAAAUAAAGCACAAGUACAGGCCCUUCGAGAAAUGAUACUUAAAGAAGAAACGAUGAGAAAAAAAUCGAUGGAAAAUUUGAAUAAAGCAAAAGAAAUUUUGAGCAAGUCCUUGGCUACAUCAGAGGGUAGCAUUAAAAAGUUAUUAGAGGUGGAAAAAGAGAGAGAUGGAUUGAAAGAGCAAAAUGAUCAGUUAAAAAAGAAAAUGCAACAGUACAGAACCAAAGUGGAAAACAUGAAAGAAGCACUGAUACAGUUCGAACGGAUGUACAAAAAAAUUGUAGAAAAAAAUAAUCUCAUGUUUUCUGUUACUCAUGAAUUUUUGAAUGCAAAAAAUUGCAACGUAAUGAUUCUAAGAUCCACUAAUGAUAUCAGACAUGUAUGCGAGAAGCAUAAAAUUGAUUCCACUCUAUUUGAGAACAUAAACUGCUUCUCUGCUCUGUACACAUAUGAAGUAAUUUUUAACACCCCUCUGCCUGACUCGGACGACUCGUUAGAUGAGCAAGAUGGGAAAAAAAGAGAUCAUGAUAAGUAUAUAAAAAUUAAAAAAAAAAAGUUUAAAAGUUUGAAUUAUUUACUUAACGAAGCUCAAGUAAAAAUCAUUGCUCUUUCGAGGUCUAACGAAAAAAUGGAGAAGUGUUAUGUGAACGUGAGGAACAACCGGAUGAAGGAUGACAUGAGUCGAUUUGUGAAUAAAAACUAUCACAUCGAUCCGCUUACUCUUCAAGGAGAAAAGACACACAUGGAAAAUCUCCUUCAUGAGAAGUUAGAAUAUAUUAGAGAGGUGGAAAACAAAAUGAAGGAGAAAGACAUCGUCUUGCAGAAGCUUAAGGAUGCCAACUGUAGGAUAAAGUUGGAGAAAGAAACCCUGCUGAAGGUCAUAUCUUCCAUUUCGAACCUCUCCUCCUUUGUACACGUCGAUCGUAAUAAUAAGAAUUGCUCCAUAGAGAGCCUCGUCGAGGCUGCCGUUAACGACUGCGUAGGUCGGCACGUUAAGGGUGGUUGCCUUGUAGAUGACUGUAGUGGGAAGACUCCCUCCAAUGUGAGCAACAACUCUCUGCUGCAGGGUGGAGCUCCUGGCGCUACGGUUAACGGGGCGAUGAGCCUGGUUGGCUUUUGCGCAGAUGAAGAGGCAUGCAAAGCAGGCCGCGCACGUGCGCUGGCGGAGAAGGAGGAGGCCUUCCGUCAAAUUUUGGACAAUCUCGAGAAAGCCAUAGUCAGUAUCGAGAACAAGCAAAUGAGUUACUUUCGCCGCAGCGAUUUGCUCAGUUACUUUGACGACUACGUCAUCACAUUGGAGAUCUUUGGUCGGAUCGCCGAAUAUAAUGAAGAGUUCCGCGUGGAACACCUCCUGGAGGAUAAUCCAGUUGUUCAGCACCCCUCCUCCCAGGGUAUCCACACGGACCCCGUCAGCCUCUCCACGGAGCUUCACAAAUGGAAGAAGAAACACUCAGAAGAAGAACUUCUACACCAUUUAGAAGAAGCUAAAGUGAUUCAAAAAUACAGGCAGUUCUAUCACCAUCAUUUUAUUCACAUAAACACCAUUUUCAAUACCAUCGUGAGUUAUAAUCUCUUUGACAUGGAGGCAAAGUACAAAGUCGUAUAUGAGAGAUAUUUUAAUCUGUUUAAUUUAAAUUUCAGUAAUGUCGAAAUUUCCUUCGAUUUGCUUCUUAACCGAUUUGAAAGGAUAAUAAGGUUAGCGAAGAGAUACGAAAACACCGUUUUGGAGAGUAAAAAAAGGAUCACAGAGAUGAAUGUUAAUGAAGCGAAUUUGUUCGAACGGGGGAAGAAGCUUGAAUAUGAUUUGGAGAUUUUAUCGAAAGAGAAGGAGAAACUUCAAAGGUUGGUAAGUCUUAAUGAAGAGGAAAUAAAACGGGUGGUUAACAAUCACGCUGUUUUGCAAAAUGAGUGUAAAGAGCACAAGUGCAAAAAUGAUCUCUUAAUCGAUAAAUACGAACAGGUGAAGAAGGAGAAGCUACUCGUAGAGGAGGAACUCUCCAGCAGGCAAAUUCGAAAUGCUAAACUGAGUGAACAGAAUGAAGAAAUGAUUAAGCUAUAUGAGAAGGAGAAGGCAUAUCUCCACUCGCUAAUACAAGAGGAGAAAGAAAACAACCAAUUUUUGAGAGAAAAACUAAACUCUUUCUUCUCCCUAAAUGAACAAAUAAAAUCCGAUUAUGAUAUUAGAUUGAAUAAUAUGAAUGACCUUUGGGUCGAGGAGAAGGAGCACAAUAAGAAGAACCUAUCCGAUAUUGGCAAUUUGAAGAUGGAGAAUGUGAAUUUACUUCAACGGGUUAAAGAUUUGGAGAGUAAAAGCUCCUUGAUGAAGAAGGAGCUGAACGAGCGCAUCAAGCAGGGUGUAAACGUAACAAUGGGGGGGCCACAUCUCCCAAUGGACCUCGGAGGAAGUACGUAUCACCAAUCUAUCAUAGACGAAUUAGAAUACAAAGCAGAAAAAGAAGUAAAAAUUAAAAAGUUACAGGAAAAUAAAGCAGAUCUCGAAAGAGAAAUAAUGCAACUGAAAGGAGAGAAGGAAAUCCUAAUGGGAGUUAUCGAAACAUGGAGAAAUUUCAGCGCAUGCAGUAAGGACGAAAUUAAAAGAUUGAAGAGGUUGUGUAGUGAACAAGUGGAGAAACAUAAGGAGUUCCUUCUCUUAAACCAAUCGAAUGUAGAUAAAUUAAGGAAAAUAAAAGAUCAUUUAGGGAUAGAAAAAUCAAAGCAUGCCAAAGAAUUGGAUGAAACGAAGGACAAGCUGAAUGACCAAAUCGAUAAGCUACAAAACCAAGUAGCAGAGAAGGAACUCCAGGUGAAGAAACUCAAAUGGGAUUACGAGCAGUUGGAAAUCAAAAUAAAAGCUUUAGAAAGUGAGAAAAAUAAUCAUCUAGGUAUGAAGCAGAAGGAGGAAGAAUACAUAGCUCUCCUCAAAAAUGAUAAAACCAAUUUGCAGAAGGAACUGAAUGGACUUCUCCAGAAGUAUCACUCCCAAGUGGAACAAAAUAAAAAAAUAGUCAACGAAAGGGAGGUCAUAAUUAAUUGUCACAAGGAAGAAAUAAGUAAUUUGAAGGACCUUUUGGAAAAUUUAAAAAAAGAAAACUCACAAUUAAAUGAUAUGUUUAGAACGAGAGCCAACCUAAACGACAAUCAAAUACUCAAGACGAGGUUAGAACAACUAUUGGACGUUAACAAAGAUCUGCAGGAAGAACUGCACCAUAACUGUGCCCUACGGGAUAAAGUAAAUUUUGAGAACUGUGAACUGAAGCAGAAGUUACAGGUUGAGAAGGGGAAACUACUCCAGCAGCAGAAGUACAUCGCGGAGUUACAGACCAACCUGACAGAUAAAAACAGCGUAGGAAAUAUGAACGAUGAGUUUGUUGUUAGUCUUAAAGCAAAUUUGCAUAAGUCUAGAGUAGAGCUGCAUAACCUAGCAAAGGAAAUCGAGAAGGUCCAGCUGAAUGAGGAGAAGUACGUGGUGAAAAUAAAGCUGUUGGAGAACCAGCUGUCCAGGAGAGAAUGCGAGAAGAAGAAGAUGGAACAACAGUUGGAGCAGCAGAGUAGUGAACACGCUAUCCAUUUUAACAGAAUUAGAACCGAUUUGGACGUCGUGAAUGAGCAGAACCGAGUUCUUCGACUCGCUAAAGAGGAACACGAAAGGAAGAUUGAACAGCUGGAGAAGGAAAACCAAUUUUUUCAGUCCACCAAGAACAACGACACGGUGAUUGUAGAGAAGGAGAAGCUGCAGAGCCAAGUGACGCAGCACCUCGCCAUGAUUAACGCCAAGGAGAAGCAGAUCAUUGGCUUGAACUUCCAAAUUAGGAAGCUCACCAAUGAGAACGCCGAGAUGAGGGCGCGCGCAGGAUUAGCGGCAGGAUUAGGGGCAGAAGGGGGAAUCGCGGAAGAAGGGGCAUCCGUGACAGCCGCGAACGCCACCAACGCCGCCAACACCGCCAACGCCGCCAACACCGCCAACGCCGCCAACACUGCCAACACCGACGUGUCGCUCGAAAUACACAAGUACAUCAGCGAAAACAUAGACCUCACGGCGGAGCUAGAGAACAGAAACGAAGUGAUCGAGCAGUGCAGGGAGGAGGCGAAGCAGAAGGACAAGGAAAUUAACAAAUUGCACGACGAGAUCGCCGCUCUUUCUCGAAGUAUGACCAAGCUGAAGGAGUCCCUCCUCGUUAUGGAGCAAUACAAGGAUAACAUAAAUAGGCACAUAAAGGAGAAGGACGAGAUCAUCGAUGGAUUGAAGAAAAAGUGCAGCAGCAAACUGGAUGAUGUAUUCCAUGGGUACACCGGCAGCAGUACGAACAGUGGCUUCUCUGCCUCUGCUUUGGAAAAUGCGAUGAACGCAUCAUCGGAAGAGAUCCUAAGCACGCUCAAAAAUAUGUCUGCAAAUGAAGGAGGAGUUCCUGGAGCAUCCCCGAAUAAUGGAGAAUCCCCGAAUAAUGGAGCAUCCCCUUCGAACGGAAACGAACACAUCGUCAUUAUUAAGUGCAACAUACUGAAGCUGUUUAAACUGGGAUCAUGCUACCUCUACAUAAUUAAUCGUAACAUGAAAGAAAUUCAAAUUUUAAAAAAUCAAGUUAGUUCACUUAAGCAGAACAUACAGACGCAGAAUGAAUUUAUCCAUAAUCUUAAGGCAAAAAAUAAAAACAACGAAGUGAUUCAAGUAAAUAAUUUGGACCAAAUCGCACAGCUGAAGGAUAAUAUACAGACGAGUGAAAUCUCCAUACAGAGCUUGAGGACUGAUCUCAAGAACACCGAAGAGAUGAAUAAAAUGCAUGCACUCAAUCUAGGAAAAUACAAAAGCUUUAUUGUUCAUCUCAUCCAACAGAACGUAAUUAUAUGUGAUAUAUUUAAAGUGGUGAAUUCAAGGAAGAGAGUUGAAGCUUCCAUACUGGAUCAACUCAGGAGCUUGAAGAAGGCCUUCCAUUUGUAUAUGCAGGACUCAAUUAUGAACGAGCUAAAGGGGAGUGUAGGAUAUGGAGGCUCCACCAUGGCUGCUAUGCAGGAGGGCAGAUGGCCCAACGUAAACUACGAUAUCGUUGAGGAUGUUUUUCAGAAUGUUCAGAGAUUUGCUAAUAAUUUUAAUUCCAUGAUAGAAAAUGGGCAGGCUGAUUUUAUGAAUUUCCGCGCGGAGGGAGAUCUGGCCAGCAGUGACCCGGUUAGCGGUGACCCCGUCAGCGGUGCAUCCAAUGUUGAUGCCAGGGAACCCUUGCGAGAAGGCCAAGCUGGAAAAGAACAUGUACUCCCCUCCACUAGUGAAAGAAUCGGAAUUACAGAUUCGGGACAGAAUCAGAACCUUGUGGAGGAUCCAAGUGAGGAGCAAAACCCCAACGGGGAGGCUUCCCAAAGAGGAGAGGCUUCCCAAGGAGGAGAGGCCCCAAACCAGGGAAACAUUGAUGGAACGGCGGUUCAUGACGAUGAAGCAGAUGGAAAAGCAAGCGUUAGGGGAUACCUCUCGGGGGAGGGAUCACAAGAAAAAGUGGAGAUCCCCCAGGGGGGUUCCAUCAUCCCGUCAGAUGAACAGGACGGAAGUCAAAGAACGAACAACGAAACGUUGAAGCGAUAUGAGGAGAAUGUCUUGGAGGACGAGCAUCAGGCGGAGAGGCAGUCGUCGCGCACGUCGGGAAACGUCAGCGGAAGAGGCAGCUCCGACGGAAGAGACAGCUCCAAGGGAAGAGGCAGCUCCAACGGAAGGGGCAGCACCGGUGGAAAUGUCACCGGUUUCAUUCGAGGCAUUUUCCGAGGCAUCAUUCGCGAAAAGGACGAGGAAAAUAAGACUGCACAGGAACCGAGUGAGGCGGCUAGUCUUCGAGUUGAGGACGACGGUGGAUCGUCCCACCGCAGCGCAAACGGAUUAGUUGCAAGCAUUGAGGAAGACGCUGGUGUUGUUACUUCUGGCUUGGAAAAGGGAGUAGACAGUUCGGCGUCGUGCGGGGAAGCGAAUGGUAAUGAGCAGGGUGACACCGUUCAGUCAGUUCAGUCAGUUCAGUCAGUUCAGUCAGCUCAGUCAGCUCAGUCAGCUCAGUCAGCUCAGUCAGCUCAGUCGGCUCAGUCGGCUCAGUCAGUUCAGUCGGCUCAAUCUCCUGAAGGGGAUAAAGAAAACGUGGAAGAUGGAGGGGAAACCGGCGCGGAGCUGUGCGUUGGCGAAAUGGAUGCCUCGCAUAUUGUAGUCGGUGUGGAAGGAGAGGAGGACAGAUCGCAUAACGCGGAACACGAGGAGGGGGCAGCCGAUGGUGAGGAGGAAAUUGCAGGGGGGUCGACUCCAACGGGGGAGUUAUGCAACAUGGGAGGAGAAAUAAACCCUGAUGGGGGCGAGAGCCCCAGGGAGGGUGAUGAACUGCAUAAGGACGAAGCGCUGCCUGACCAGCUAAUGCCUGACCAGCUAAUGCCUGACCAACUGCUGCCCGACCAGCUGCUUCCUAACCAACCGCUGCCCGACCAGCGGCUGAGCGAGCAAGGUGAGCAUCCGGCAUGGGUUCCCCUGACAUCCCGCGUGAUGAACGACCUCAACGGACCCAGCGGUCGCAUGGUGAGUCCGUUUAGAUCGCAUGUGUCCGAAGACAAUUAUGACAUGGGGGAGGGAAAAGGAAUGAAAAAAAGAAAAUACAACUCCGACUCAGAAAUGGUGAACCCGAACUGGCCUACAUUUACGAGGCAUUUGAAGAAGCUCAAAAAAACUGCGGAGGGUGUGCACAGUCAGCAGGGGGAGCAGCAACCUGAGCAGUCGUAUCAGUCGCAGCAGCUGCAGCAGCAACCGGAGCAACCGCAAGAACCGCAAGAACCGCAAGAGCCGCAAGAGCCGCAGCGGAGUGACGGGGAAGGGGAACACAUCGGCCAUAGAAGCGGAGAGUCCUUUCACGAGGAGGGGAGCUACAUGGGCGAUGGUGGUAGUUACCCCCACGAUGAUGAAGGAAGCAGGCAGGAUGACCUGAACGCUGAAUUGCACACACACGGGAGGAAAGAAAACAUAUUUUUCGAGUCCAUCCAAGGAGUGGGUCACCUAAGGGAGGAGGUACACCACUCAAGAAAACCCUACGAUCAUGCCGACCAAAACGUCCUCCAAGGCAAUCAGUACCAUAAAGGAGAAGAAGGAGAAGAAGAAGAGGAAGGAGAAGAAGCAGAGGAAGAGGAAGAAGCAGAGGAAGGAGAAGAAGCAGAGGAAGGAGAAGCGGAAGAAGAGGUAGAAGAAGGAGAAGAAGCAGAGGGAGAGGGAGAAGAAAAUCACGAAAUGGAGAGCAACAGAAGCUGUUAUGUAAUCUCGUCAGAUGAUGACUGUGAGAGGAAUGACGACAAUGGAAGGGGGGCACUCGCGGGGGGACAGCAGCGGGGCUCUGAAGAGGAGGAAGGCGACGACGAAGGAGAAGAAGAGGAAGAGGAAGACGAAGGAGAAGAAGAAGGCGAGGAAGGCGACGACGAAGAAGGAGACGAUGAUGAGGAUGAGGAUGAUGGAAUGGGUGAAUACGAAAAUGAGGAGUACGAAAAUGAGCAGUACGAGCAGGAGGACUACGAGAAUGAGCAGUACGAACAGGAUGAAGAGGAGGACGAGGACGACGACGAGGACGAUGGCGAAGACGAUGGCGAGGACGAUGGCGAGGACGCGAAUGAGCAAUUCGAGCAGUAUGAAGAGUACGAUGCGGCCGCAGAGGAGGAGGAGGACUAUGGCCAGUACAAUGGGGGUAACUCCAAGGACGAGGUGGGCGAAACAGAUGAGAUGGGCGAAGCGGACGAGAUGGGCGAAGCGGACGAGAUGGGGGAGGAGGAGGAGUAUGACCAGUACGAUGAGUACAACGAGAGAGAUCCGGAGGGGGAAGAAGGGGAGGAAGAAGGGGAAGAAGAAGAUGGCGAGCAGGACGGACAAGGUCCAGGAAGAGGGCUGUCCGAAAAUGACCCCCUGGAUAGCUACAACGAAAAUACUGACAGUCCAGUGAGCACCCCCUAUCGUCACCAUGGUGAAAGUACCUAUGACGAUCAGCCCAACAAUGAUUUCUCCCAAUCUGCGCAUUCCGACGGGAGUAAUGAACAGGGGGAAGAGCACCCUGUUCUGUUCAACCCGUCCAAUGUAACGAUGGCACAGAAUGACGUGUCAUACGAGGAGAAUGCGGAUCAAGGGGGGGCCAUUAGCAUACCGUCUUCGCAUGAAAACAAUGAGGACGUGUUUGACAAGCAGGGGGCGGACACAGAAGGGGGUGCAGAAGGAGAUGCCGAGGAGGGCGAGCAGGAUGAGCAGGACGAGCAGGACGAGCAGCAAGCCCAAGAGCACUAG